AUGCCCACUUGGAAAGUCGCGUAUUUCAGCGGAGUAGGCGGACGCCCUCAGGUGAUGCUGGACAACGCCCCCGGCGAGUUGGAAGUCGCGGUGGUGAACCCCGCUCUAUCCGAGGCCGAAAAGAUCGAGCUGUGCCGAGACGCCGACGCCAUCGUCACCAGCGACAUCACGACCAACGUGCUCCGGGAAUGUCCCAAGGUUAAAUUGAUCCAGACGCUCAGCGCGGGCUACGACCGAAUGGACCUCGAGUCCAUCCUGGAAAUGGGGAUCCCAGUGGCAAACAACGGCGGCGCCAACGCCAUUUCGGUUUCCGAACAGACGCUUGCCCUGAUGAUAGGGAUCAGCAGGAACCUCAUGGCGCAAUGGGACAGUACCACCCGGCAGCGAGCCUGGCGGAGCGAUCUCUACCAGACCGACCUGUCGGAGGUGACCGACAAGACGGUGGGCAUCGUCGGGCUUGGACGCAUCGGGCGGCAAGUCGCCAAGCGGCUCACCGGUUUUGAUACCCGCACCAUUUACUACGACAUCGAGGACAUUCCUGAAGACGUCCGGCGGGAAGUGAAGGCUGCACCCGUCGACUUCGACGAACUGCUGGAGAGCUCGGACAUCGUGAGCAUGCACGUGCCGUUGACCCGCCGAACCAGGGGCAUGAUGUCCGACCGCGAGUUCAGCAUGAUGAAACCCACGGCGUUCUUCAUCAACCUCUGCCGUGGGCCGGUGGUCGACGAAGCAGCACUCUACCGGGCCCUGACGGGAGGGCAGAUCGCCGGCGCCGGGCUGGAUGUCCUGGAGGUGGAGCCAAGUCCGGCGGACAACCCGUUAUUCGACCUGGACAACGUGAUCAUUACCCCGCACAUGGCAGGCCAGAGUAGCGAAACCGCGCUGCGGGCGGCCCAUUUCGCUUACGGCAACAUCCUGCGGGUGCUAAACGGCGAGGGCAAGACCAGUUUCGGCAUUGUCGAAGGCAGCAACGUAGUCGAGGUGUGGGGCAACCCACUGGAUGACUAUGCCGUCACCAACCAUUCCUAUUCCCUGGAUCAGGUGAAGCUGCUGGCGCCCAUCGCGCCGCCCAUGCUUUACGCCGCGGGGCCCAACUAUCGCGGACACGUCGAAGGCAUGGCGGCGCGGCGCGGGUCGCCGCCGGUAUAUCCGGACCGUCCGUCGCCCAACUAUCGGUCAGUCCACGCCAUCGUCGGCACUGAGGAAACCAUCGUCGUUCCCGCCGACUCCUCCGGCGCCGUCCAGCCCGAGGGCCAAUUGGCGGUGGUCAUCGGCAAGAAAGCUCGCAAGGUGCCGGCGAGCCAAGCCCUGGACUACGUUUUCGGCUACAGCAUUGGCAACGACAUCAGCCAGCGGCCCUGGCAGCAAGCCGACCGCACCAUGUUCCGUGGCAAGAAUUGCGACACCUGGAAACCCCUGGGGCCCUGGAUCGUCACCGACGUUGACCCCAAGGGCUUUCGCAUCAUCGUCCGCCACAACGGCGAGGUGUGGGAGGAUUUUUCGUCGGCCGACCAGAUCUGGGACACCGCCACCUGGAUCCACGAACUGAGCAAUUACGCAACCCUGUACCCUGGUGACGUCCUCUGGAUGGGUACCCAGGGGGCCGACGGGGACAUGUUCCCCGGAGACACCAUCGAGGUAGAAAUCAGCGGCAUCGGCACCCUCCGCAACUACGUGGUGGGGGAGGAGUAA